UGUGCUAGUCCACCACUGAGAGUGUAGUUUAUAUCAACAGGUAAAAGGAAAAGACAAAGACGAAAAGCCGUUUGAUAAAUACAGCUUUCCUUCACGACUGCCAACGCAUGCGCAGUCAACCGGUUGUAACUCGGAGUAUUCAAUAAUCUGGGAAGCUGUUUGCGUUGGACAUCUCACAGCAAAACGCGAACAAACUAGUGUGCUUCUUUGUAGAACAGGGAGCAGGAUCCAGUGACAGCUUGACUGACGAGCAGCCAUGAGCUUCUUCGGUUUUGGUCAAAGUGCGGACAUCGAUAUAGUUCUGAAUGACGCCGAAACGAGAAAGAAAGCCGAGCAUAAAAGCGAAGACGGCAGGAAGGACAAGUAUUUCCUCUUCUACGACGGGGAAACGGUGUCGGGGAAAGUCAACGUUACGCUCAAGUACCCGGGAAAGAGGCUGGAGCACAACGGCAUCAAGAUUGAGUUUAUCGGCCAGAUAGAGCUAUACUAUGACAGAGGAAACCACCACGAGUUUGUUUCUCUUGUGAAAGACUUGGCUCGGCCAGGGGAGCUCACACAGUCACAGACGUUUGACUUUGAGUUCACACAUGUUGAGAAACCCUACGAGUCUUACACCGGUCAGAACGUCAAAUUACGCUACUUUCUGAGGGCGACAGUAAGCCGGAGACUGAAUGACAUCAGCAAAGAGCUGGACAUUGUGGUUCACACACUCAGCACCUACCCUGAGCUCAACUCCUCCAUCAAGAUGGAAGUGGGGAUCGAGGACUGUCUACACAUAGAGUUUGAGUACAAUAAGUCCAAGUAUCAUCUAAAAGAUGUGAUUGUAGGGAAGAUUUACUUCCUGCUGGUGAGGAUUAAGAUCAAACAUAUGGAGAUUGACAUCAUCAAGCGCGAGACCACCGGCACGGGGCCAAACGUCUACCACGAGAACGACACCAUAGCAAAGUACGAAAUCAUGGACGGCGCACCGGUCAGAGGAGAGUCCAUCCCCAUCAGGCUGUUCCUAGCAGGCUACGAGAUGACACCCACCAUGAGGGACAUUAACAAGAAGUUCUCCGUGAAGUACUACCUCAACCUGGUCCUCAUAGAUGAGGAGGAAAGACGCUAUUUCAAACAGCAGGAGAUCACCCUGUGGAGGAAAGGUGACAUAGUGAGGAAGAGUAUGUCUCACCAAGCAGCCAUCGCCUCCCAGCGCUUCGAAGGCUCCUCCAACCCAGAGAAGUCCCAGCCGCAGAGCAAUGACGAGGACAACAGCUAAAGCCCGGCUCAUACUGCACCCCCGUGUAGUGAGUGUCCGAGCGAACACAGUGCAGAAAUUGUCAGCGUCUUCUGAAUGUGAAUACGGUUUGUUUGCAUCGAGAUAGAGUGAGCUGCAGUGUUUUUCAGUGUGUGUGUGUGUGAGUGAGUGAGGCUUUGAGAUAUGACUAUGUGUGUGUGUGUCAAGGGAACAAACAGUCAGACCAGACUUAAGACUGUAGUUGCAAGUAAUCUUGAGUGUUUGUUUUAACCACCUUGAAGCACCAACUGGGUGGAGUUUACCACAUUAAGACUGAUUAGACAGUGUCAUCUAAUUUCUGUGUCGCAAAGAAACUACACCAAUUGGCUUUAAGGUGCUUAACUAUUUUUUGGCAUUUACUAUACAGUUCAGUGGGGCAAACUUCACCCAUUAGAUGCACUUAAAUACCAUCUGCAAAUACUGUUUGACCAAUAUGUUGAAUUCACGUGUGUGUAUGAAUGUACAGUGUGUCGCAAAGAGGUGCCUCGGGUGUGUUUCCAGCUUUCCUUCAAACUUCUUACUUGGCAGGAAGAAACAGCUCUCCUCAUUUGGUUUUAAUUUGUUUAAAUGUUUUGGCCUCUUUCUUUUGAAAAAUGUGCAAUGGCUAUUAGAAAAUAAACAGAAGUAUAAGACUUUAAAAUGCUUCAAAUGAAAGGAAAUACAUUUUUGUGUAAGACAGUGCUUAAAAAUAUUUUCAUACAUUCCAAGGCUCAUCUGAAAUAGGCGUGACUGUAGAGAAUUUAUUUUUUUAGCAAAAUUUGAUUUUUAACCAAGGUUUUACAUGUUUGAUGCAUCAGUUGGUCGUGGCUCGGUUUCAGGCGUUGCCACUGCUGCUAAAACAAACGUGGCACUUGUGAGCACUCAUUUUUACAGUCCCUGAUAGUUUGAAGUCCUGCUUUCUUAUUUGCACUAUGAUCUCAUUCUGCUUAUUUUCUGCUCUCAGUGCAUUUAUGAGCUCAGUGGACUCGUGCCAGGGUUCAGGAGUAGAGUGAAAAUCUGACUUCACCAUCCCGGGUAUCACUUAAUAUCUAAUAUAGACAGUAUUACACCUGUGUUUAGUGGCAAAGUGGACAUAGAUGCUUGUGAGUCCUGCCUCCCACAGGGCAGCUGGGGCUGACUGGGGUCUUAGUUAGCUUUGUGCCUGAGGGUUUAUUGCCAAAAUGUUUUAGUGCAAUAUUAGAGAACAACUGCCACAGUGUACUGCUGCACCCUCUUUUCAUUUAGACUGUGCUCAUCAGUUUAUUCACUACAAUCUCUUUUCAUGAUGUUAAACAAAUGGGUUAAGUGGCUUCAAAAAAUGUUAUAGUGGGGAAAAAAUGAAUGUAUAAGAAAGGCUACUCAGUCAAAUUGAGCAACUAAAAUUCAGUCCCAAACUCUGUAUAUUUUCUAAAUAAGCAUAAUCAGGUGUUUUGUUGCUUCUGGUCAGGCAAAGUAGAUGAUUUUAUUCCUGUGCCAUUUUAUUUUGUUUCCUUUUCUAAAAUAUAUUUUCUCCACCCUACAAAGUGUGAAACACUGAACCCCAGCACUCAGCCUGCUGUCCUUAUAACUGCAACAUUUGGCUUGACAAGCUAACGCUGUGCAACUUUGCUAAUUCUAUCACUGUGUAUCAAGUUACAGACAUUUUUAUAUUUCUUUUCCUGGCAGUAAGGUACAUUUUACUACACUGUUGUUGCACUAAGAGCAACAUGUCCAUGGUCGCCAGACUGCUGUUCAGGUAACUGCUUCAAUAGCGCCAUCACACACCUAGGCUACACCAGCCUAACGGGUUGAUUUCAGCCAACAAGACACUUUUAUUUUGAUUCAUGUAGCUUGACUUAACAGGUGACAGGUUUCCUGCUUUAGAGUUUCUUCCUGUGGCGUGUUAUUGAUGGUGGUAGAAAUCACUGCCUUGUGAGCUGUUUCACAGUCUCUUCUGAAACUUAAUUUUCAUUAAGGGACUGUACCAAAAGGAUUUGGGUAGGGAGGAGGGGACAAACUUUACUUUUUACUUUAAAAUGGGCGCCAGCUAGCUCACGGCUAGAGUGUGAGUCCUUGCCGCAGCGGCCCGGGUUUGAGUCCGACCUGAGGCUUUUUGCUGCAUGUCAUCCCCUCUUUCUCUCCCCCACAUUUCCUGUCUGUCUCAACUGUCCUGUCAUAAAUAAAGGCCAAAAAGCCCCAAACAAAUACUUUAUACUAUAAAAUGAAAAAUAUGUACUUUAAAAAAGAUAAGACCCUCCCCAGGGUUAUUAAUAUUUGUUUGGACCCUCCCUUCCCCUUGUAAAAAAAACAAAACACUUUUUACUCCUAAUUUCUCAACUCAACCCUGAUUUCAAGCUUAAUGUGUUAAUGAACCAAGAAUAGCUCAGAUCAUACAUUAGGGUUUGAAUUGGUAAUUGCCAAAUUUAUGGUAAACAUAACAAAUAGAGCAUUCUGUUUACCCAGCAUUCCAGCUGCUCUCUGUUUUUGAAAAGUUAAUGACCAGUUAUUAACGCUGUCUAUGAAUUAGCCAACAAGAGGCAACAUUGUAAUAUUUUUGCUUCACCUCUUGGUGGAACACUAGACUGCUGAACAUGCAUGAUAUUAUAGAUUAAUUUUAUAUGAUACUGUACAUUUAACGUUUUGUAGGUGACCACUGGCUUGUGAAACAAAUGGCGCUUUAUAGAACAUUAGGCAAAUUUUAUAGGUCACACAAUUGCAUACAGAGUGUAUGUAAUAUGCAGCUAGACAUAAAUUUGCCGGAGGCGGCGCAAAUUGACACAAAGACAUGCUAGUUGAAAAUGUUUCAACUUGAGCAAAAAUCUUCUGCAUAUCCUAAAUAAAAUAUAAAUCUGGGGCAUGGAAAAAUUCAAGAUCCUUUCCUUCAGCCAACCUCCCUUCAGCAAAAAUCCCCACCUUCCCCCCUAAUCAUUUUUUACAGUCUAUAAAUUGUAUAGACUGUAUUCUGCAUUAUUUCCUUGCCUAACUUGACAUCCUUUAUUUUGGCAGUUACGUUCAUCGAUACAAUACCACUUCACUGAAAUCUGCUGAAGGGACAAAAAGUACCAUUCAAGAAACCCAAAGCAACAUUAGAGUAUAUUAUUCAUAUUUUUUGUUGUUCUUUUAUGUGACUGAUUUUCAUUUUUGCCAGUACUGGUACAGACACAGUAUCUAAGAGAGCGUGAACUGAGAUUAAAAUAGGACAGAAUGAUGAAAUGUACAGUGUAAAUGCACAAUGUAAAUGCAACCCUCCUCCCUCCUUUUGUUUAUGUUCAUGUCAUAUUUGAUCUUCCUGUCUAUAAAUGUGGAUUUGAAUCAUUUUAUAUUCUUGUUUUACUUUGAAUUAAAAGGGAGUAACUGAAAAAUGCAUCUUAAAUGGCAUGGCAUGAUUUGUACAAAACAUUCUGGGCUUCUCUUUCUGAUUAACACAUCUAUUGUCUCAGUGUGUCAGUCACAAAGAAAUUCACACCUACUGUAACUGAGAGACGCUAUCUGAUUAUCUGUAACCCAAGCUAACUUCUCUCUCACUAACAUGACAUGGAUGCAGGCACAUUGUGGUUGUGUUUGCAUAUUUUUCUUACUUAAAAAAAAUUCAAACUGAUAAAUAUCAUACAGCAGCUUUCACUACAAUAAAUCCUUUGUACAUAAA